CUUCUCCGGAUUUCGUGAAUCACCUUCACGAGAGGUUCUCUCCACUUCACCUCGACCUUCUGCACUAUUUCUUGUAUCUGGAUCACAGCUGACUUCAUCAUGUAGCCCUCUCGGCCUCGUCAAUGGCUCCUGCCUCCCGCAUGCUCCCCGUCGUCGCUCGCCGCGCCGCCUCGAUCCAGUCCAUGACCCCCGCUGAGGCCCAGGAGCUCCUCGUCAAGCAGCGCUCCAACCGACCGACCUCGCCCCAUCUCGCCAUCUACAAGGUCCAAAUCACAAUGGCCCUCUCCUCCAUGCACCGUAUCACCGGCGUCGCUCUCUCCGCCUCUCUCUACGGUCUCGGCCUCAGCUACGUCUUCGCGCCCAUGCUCGGCUACUCUGUCUCCUCGACCGCCAUCGCCGCUGCUUUUGGCGGCCUCCCUGUCGCCGCAAAGUUCGCCGCAAAGUUGCUCGCCGCUACGCCCUUCUCCUUCCACGCCUUCAACGGCAUCCGCCAUCUGAUCUGGGACACCGCCUCCCAGCUCACCAACAAGGCCGUCGUGCAGACCGGUGUCGCCGUCCUCGGUGCUUCUGCUGUCACUGUCGUCGGACUCUUGCUGCUGUAAGCGCAUCGGCUGGAAGUACGAAGUUAUAUAAGUUUUUAAAUAAAAUUACAUAUGGUGUUUUGUGGUCUUUUUCAGCUU